AACAAAAAAACGGAAGGAAGAGAGGACAUUAUCAAUUAACAAUUUAAAGGGCAGGCAGCCUCAGAUCGAUUGGCAAAUGGAGAGCUCAGGGGAGAUGGUCAGGUUUCCGUUGCUUGUGGAUGACAAUUACAGGCCCUGUACUAUUCCUUUUAGGUCACCUGCUGACAGUCCUCAUACUCUCACUCCUACUGAGCUCUCCUGGAUCAAGGUCUUCCUCAAUUCAGUCCCCUCUUUUCGCCAACGAGCAGAGGCUGAUCCUACUGUUCCUGAUGCUCGUUUUAGAGCUCAAACUUUUGCUAGCAGAUAUACUCAAAUACUAGAGGAGUUCAAGAAAGAUCCCGAAAGUCACGGUGGACCACCUGAUGGCAUUCUUCUAUGCCGAAUUCGUGAACAAGUCCUUAGAGAACUUGGAUUUAAAGAUAUAUUCAAGAAGGUUAAGGACGAGGAAAAUACAAAGGCAAUGUCUUUAUUUGAAAAAGUAGUUUGCCUCAAUGAUGAUAUUGAGGACGAAGCCAAACGUGUGGAGAAUCUUGUUAGGGGAAUAUUUGCAGGAAAUAUAUUUGAUCUUGGGGCAUCUCAGCUUGCAGAAUUGUACUCAAAAGAUGGAAUGUCCUUUCUUGCUAGUUGUCAAAAUCUCGUUUCCCGUCCCUGGGUUAUUGAUGACUUGGACAAGUUUAUAGUGAACUGGUGCAAGAAAUCUUGGAAAAAGGCUGUCAUAUUUGUGGAUAAUUCUGGCGCGGAUGUCAUUUUGGGUAUAUUGCCAUUUGCAAGAGAGCUGCUUCGUCGGGGAACACAGGUUGUGUUGGCAGCCAAUGAUUUACCUUCUAUUAAUGAUAUAACUUACACUGAGCUGAUUGAGAUUAUUUCAAAGCUGAAGGAUGAACAUGGGAAACUUGUGGGAGUAGAUACUUCUAAUCUUCUGAUUGCCAAUUCUGGUAAUGAUUUACCGGUUAUUGAUCUUAGUAGUAUAUCACAAGAACUGGCGUACCUCGCAAGUGAUGCUGAUCUAGUACUGAUGGAAGGAAUGGGACGUGGAAUAGAGACAAAUCUAUAUGCGCGAUUUAAAUGUGAUUCUCUCAAUAUUGGAAUGGUGAAACAUCAAGAGGUUGCGGAUUUUUUAGGAGGAAGGCUCUAUGAUUGUGUCUUCAAGUACACUGAAGUUUUGGAUUGAGUGUAUUAUCCCCAUUAUACCCUGUAUCAGUUUUCUUCGCUGCCUAUCCGACAAUAGGUUGUCAGAGAAUUUUACCGAAGAAAGUAGAUGUAUCCACUAUAUGAAAACAUAAUUGAACUGUGUUGAUAUUUGAAGAGGGUAUUCAUAAGUAAAAUGCAUGUACUGGAUUGUUAUUUUAAACAAUGGCGUCAUUUUAUUUUUUUUCUAAGUUGACAAUGGAGUCAUUUCUGAUUUUGAUAAUUCUAUUAAUAAGUUUGAUA